CCCGGCUUGGGCUGCCCCGGGAGGCUGGGGCGCGCGCGCGGGCCGGGCAGUGAGCAUAAGGACGCGCGGGGCGGUUACUCUGGUUACGGGGGAAACUCCGCGCCGGUCGGGGCCGCCGCCGUGGACUAGGGAUGCUGGAGAGGAGGCCGUGGGGCAUCCCGGCGGCUGUCUGAGGGCGGCUCAGACCUCCUCCCCGUCCGGAUCCGCUGGGGAAGCACGCCCGAGUUCGCAGGGAAGGGCCGAGGCGGUGGCUGCGCUCGCUGCCCGGCCCCCCGGAAUCCCAGGCCGUCUCUUUUGUUAGAGGGACCGCUCCGGCGUGGGCCCCGCAGGGACCUGGCUGGUCCGGGCGGGGAGUGAGGUCCCUGCGCCGCCCGCCGUCCUGCUCUGCACAGUGCCCGCGUCUCCGGAAGGAACACCUGCGGCUGCUUGGAAGCAUCUCCAGCAUCACCUGCCUGCCCGAGCCCCGCUUUGAAGGGAGAGAGAGGGGCGGGGGAGACAUGUCGGCUCCCGAAUGAGGGUCCCAUCCGCUGCGGCUGGAGAAGGUUUUAAAUACUGCUUUUGUACUAACUUUCAGUGGUUCUCAAAAUUGAACUCAUCUAUCCAGUGUGACUUGCCCUGUGCAAAAGUCUUUGGCUACCACAUUUUGAGGCAUCUAAACCUACUGUGGGGAAAAGAGAAAACAAACAAAAAAAAGAAUUUUACCCUUGACUAGUGCCACCAAAGAAGCUUUGGAACCAUGUGGACCUUCCUUGGCAUUGCCACGUUCACCUAUUUUUAUAAGAAAUGCGGGGACUUCACGCUGGCCAACAAGGAGCUCCUGCUGUGCGUGGUCGUGUUCCUGUCCCUGGGCCUGGUGCUCUCCUACCGCUGCCGCCACCGGAACGGGGGCCUCCUCGGGCGCCAGCAGAGCGGCUCCCAGUUCGCUGCCUUCUCGGAGAUUCUCUCAGCCUUGCCUCUUAUUGGCUUCUUCUGGGCCAAGUCACCCUCUGGGUCAGAAAAGAAAGAGAAGCUGGAGUCCAGGAGGAGCAGAAAAGGAAUCAGUAUUUCAGAAAUGACCUCAACAGAAGCUGCCACCUCUGUGUCCACAUCUUCUCUGAAUGAUCCGGAAGUGAUCAUCGUGGGAGCUGGAGUACUUGGCUCUGCUUUGGCAACAGUGCUUGCCAGAGAUGGCAGAAGGGUGACAGUCAUUGAGAGAGAUUUAAAAGAGCCUGACCGAAUAGUUGGAGAACUCCUGCAGCCAGGUGGUUAUUGUGCUCUUAAAGAACUUGGUCUCGGAGAUACAGUAGAAGGUUUUAAUGCCCAUCGUAUACAUGGCUACAUUGUUCAUGAUAAUGACAGCAAGUCGGAAGUUCAGAUUCCUUACCCUGUGUCAGAAAAGAACGAAGUGCAGACUGGAGUUGCUUUCCACCAUGGAAAAUUCAUCAUGAGUCUCCGGAAAGCAGCUAUGGCAGAACCCAAUGUGAAGGUCAUUGAAGGCGUUGUGCUGCAGUUGUUGGAGGAGGAGGACGCUGUGAUGGGCGUGCAGUACAAGGAUAAAGAGACUGGAGAUAGCAAGGAACUCCAUGCCCCAUUGACUAUUGUUGCAGAUGGGCUUUUCUCCAAGUUCCGGAAAAACCUGGUUUCCAACAAAGUUUCUGUCUCAUCUCAUUUUGUUGGCUUCCUUAUGAAGGAUGCACCACAGUUUAAGGCCAAUUUUGCUGAACUUGUUUUACUGAAUCCAAGUCCAGUUCUCAUCUACCAGAUUUCAGACGACGAAACACGAGUGCUAGUUGAUAUUCGUGGAGAAAUGCCGAGGAAUUUAAGGGAAUACAUGGCUGAGCAAAUUUACCCACAGAUACCUGAUCACUUGAAAGAAGCCUUCCUGGAAGCCUCUCAGAAUUCUCGCAUGAGGGUCAUGCCUGCAAGCUUCCUUCCUCCUUCCCCUGUGAACAAACGAGGUGUUCUUCUUUUGGGAGAUGCAUAUAAUUUGAGGCAUCCUCUUACUGGUGGAGGAAUGACUGUUGCUUUAAAAGAUAUAAAAAUAUGGCGUAAACUGUUCAAGGGUAUUCCUGACCUUUAUGAUGAUGCUGCUAUUCUCCAGGCAAAAAAAACAUUCUAUUGGUCAAGAAAAGGGACUCAUUCCUUUGUUGUUAAUGUGCUGGCUCAAGCUCUUUAUGAAUUAUUUUCUGCCCCAGAUGAUUCCUUGCACGAGUUAAGAAAAGCCUGUUUUCUUUACUUCAAACUUGGUGGAGAAUGUGUUGCUGGUCCCGUGGGGCUGCUUUCCAUAUUGUCUCCUCACCCUCUAGUUUUAAUUCGACAUUUCUUUGCUGUUGCAAUCUACGCCACAUAUUUUUGCUUUAAAUCAGAACCGUGGAUUACAAAACCCCGAGCCCUUUUCAGUAGUGGUGCUGUAUUGUAUAAAGCAUGUUCUGUAAUAUUCCCUCUGAUUUAUUCAGAAAUGAAGUAUCUGGUUCAUUAAAUUUAAAGGGGAAACACUUGGAACUUACCAAGUCUCUCCCACGAGACUUGUGAAGAGAAUGUAUACAGCACAGUAUCUACUAUGAACCUCAUGGACCAAGGUUGGGAUGGCUUGUUUUGUCGGUGUUUUUUGUGCAUAAGCAUGUAAAUAUAUGCCUUAAUUUUCAAUUUAAAAUGAAGGGUAAAAUAAGCUAGAUAUUUAAGAGAAAUGAUUGUUCUAUAAAUUAGUGCUAACACUGAGGAAGAGCAGAUUUUUUGUUUGAUUUCAGUAUUUUGGGUGAUCCACUGGGAUACAAAAAUAAAACGAAGAGUGAACUCA